AAAUGGACUAGCAUAAGUUUUGAAGUCAAUGAAGUUUAUGAUUUGCUCCCUCAAGGACUUUUAAAUCAUCGAUGGUGCCUAAUGAAGAAUUACAUAUUUUGCAUUCCGAUUGUUUCAGACCUUGAAGUUAAAAUGUUUUAAAUUAUUGUUUCCAAUUCCGUAUCAUUUACUUACAUAAUAUUUAAAAUGACAUUAGGAACAGUGGUUAUUGGUGGAGGUAGUGGAUUUAUAGGCAGAGCUAUUGGCAGAAAACUUAAGAAUAUAGGCUAUGAAGUGCUUACCAUAUCUAGGCAACCAGAUUUGUAUUCAAUGUCUUGGAAUGAUUUAAGCCAGGAUGGAUUACCAAACUCUUGUGUGGCAGUUAUUAAUGUUGCUGGUCAAAAUGUGUUAGAUCCAAAAAGAAGAUGGACUCCCGGCUUCCAGCAGAAUGUUUAUGCCAGCCGCAUCCAUACCACCAAACUGUUGGCAGAGCAAAUCCAGAAGAUGAAGGCACCUCCUAGAGUUUUCGGCGUCAUAUCUGGUGUUGGCUACUACAAGGCAAGCGAAACGGCGACAUACACUGAAGACAGUGCUGGAGGAAACCAUGAUUAUUUCUCAAGAUUAGCUGCCGACUGGGAAGCAGCGAGCACUCUGUCGCCGGACUGUAACGUUAGGCGGUUCAUAGUUAGAUCAGGCGUUGUUCUUGGGAGAUCCGGUGGAAUGGUCAAGCAGGUUUACCCCCCAUUCUAUUUAGGGUUUGGAGGUCCCAUCGGUUCGGGUAACCAAUUCUUCCCUUGGAUCCACAUUGAAGACAUCGCCGGAAUCUUCGUCCAUGGCAUCCAGUCCGAGAAAGUGCAUGGAAUCCUGAAUGGUGUAUCCCCUCAGAUAAUCACGAACAAGGAAUUCACGCAGGCCCUGGCCCGUGCCAUGUGGAGGCCGGCUCUCAUUCCCCUGCCUGCGUUCGCUGUCGAACUGGCUUUCGGCAAAGAGAGGGCAAGCAUGAUGUUGGAGGGGCAGAAGGUGGUCCCCAAGAGGACUUUGGAGAGCGGCUAUGAAUAUGUCUAUCCUGACAUAAAAUCCGCUUGCGAAGAGUGCGCACAUUUGAUUAUCGAUCAUGAUGAGCAUUGAACUAUGCUUUAGGUAUUAAUUCAAUAAAUAGGAGUUGUUCAAUUA